AACAAAAAGUGUUUCUGAGGUGAAUAACCUACCCCACCUUUAAGGGAUGUGAGUAUUUGCGUGGGUUCAUGGAAAUAGAGGAACAUUUCACCCAGUGCAAUUCAGUUUUCACAAAACAAUUAUAAUAGAGCUCCAAGAAUUUGUACUUUACGUAGUACAGUUAUACUUCCAUUUCAUUAAUUUUUACUUUUUCUCAAUUUGAUAUCAGCUAUGUAUUAGCUGUCAAUAAACAAAACUGUACUACAUAAUAAUUUAACAUUUAUAUGUUAUUGUGUUUCCAUUGGACACAAACAGUGUCGACAUGGUCAGGUAGGGCAUGUAAAAUCAAUGGAUGCAGAGUCACUGUUGGAGGGUUUAAUUACUUCCUGUUGGAGGGUUAGAUAACUUGCACUCCCUACUACUUUGUUUGGAACAGCACUUAAUGUGGCGGACCCUCCAUGUGAAGACACAAAAGUAGUAGAAGUGGGCAGGGAGAUGGGGAAGGGGCCGCAUUGGACCAGCUGUGUCAACUCUCCUGUCCCCAGCCCAACACACACUUAUCCAUCCUACAGCUGAAAGCCAACCAGGCUUACCAUCACAAAAGUGUGUUUGUGAAACCCUAUUUAUGUUUGUAAAAAAAAAAGUAUUCUUUUAAUUCUGUUUUCUUUGGCUAAUCAGGUUUGACCCCAGAGAAACACAGUCUUUCCCAAACGCUGCUGGGAUGGCAAGAGAGCAGUGAGACUGAAGAUAGACAGCGGCCAUCUUGUUCCACAAACACAGCAGGAACUGUGGCACAAGACUCAUCAUUUAGCCAUGUGAGCGCAAACAUGGCCUCUAGUUUCUCCACAGCGUCUAAAAGGCCUCUAAGCGCCAUGGACCAGGCUAACACUGUGAUGAAGUCCCCCUACCCUGGAGCAGAGGACCGCUGCGGCAGUUUGUUGUUGUCUCAAUCGAUGAACUAUGAGCCAUCCAGUGAAGACAUGUUUGGAGGUAAGGCAGCCUACAGCCUUUCUGAUUUUAACACCCCCCUGGCUGCCAUGGACUCCCAGCAACAGCACAUCCAGCAUCCUUGGUCUGGAGUCCGAACAAUGGACAACUUCUCCAGUCCGAACCACCUUCAUCAAGCAUCUGGCAAUCAGAAGCAGGAGACUGGAUCAGCACCGCCAGACCUGCCCUAUGCCUGCACCUUCUGCACACGCCGCUAUGCCCACCAGUGCCAGCUGCGCAUCCACGAGCGCGUCCACACGGGGGACAAACCGUUUCGCUGCGUCCAGUGUGGGAAGAGCUUCGGCCAGGUGUGCAGCCUCAAGCGCCACCAGAUGGUCCACACGGGGGAGAGGCCCUUCCCCUGCCCCCACUGCGGGAAGCAGUUCUCCACCUCCACCAACCUGAAGGUCCACCAGAGCGUCCACACCGGGGAGAAGAGGUUCCACUGCUCCAAGUGUGGCAAGAACUUCUCCUUCCUCAGCAACCUCAUCCGACACCAGGCUCUGCACAGCGAUAGGGUAUGAAGGUCUAGAAUAACAUGAACAGUAUUAUUACAUUGACAUAUUAUUUUAUGACAUAGUGGAUAGAUGAGAUAUGUCUUUUUCAACAGCCUUUAGUCAUAAUGUCCUUUAACAUUUCACAUUAAGUGCCAUUUCCUGUUUGAUGUCCGUGCUGUUUGGAAGUACUCGUUUAAGCAUCUGCUCAUUCAAAACAUCUCUGAAACAUGAUUUGAUGAAGACGCAGUGAUGUACGUGAUUAUUUGAUCACAUCUGAUAAUGGUGUGUUGACGACAUUUAAAGGGGCCCUAUUUUGGGGUUCUCCCUUUCCUGUAUAGUGUGUUACACUACAGCAGUGGUUC